AUGUGCCAGCAUUUCAGAUAUCAAGGAAUCUCUGACGACGCCAUAAGAUUAAGACUGUUUCCACAUACUUUGCGGGACAAGGCGAUUGAAUGGCUUGAUUCUCAGCCGAUAGCCAGCAUUACUACCUGGAAUGACCUAACUCAGAAGUUCUAUACUAAGUUCUUCCCACCGGCUAAGAUAGCAAAGCUAAAGCACGACAUAUCUAUCUUCAGGCAAGGUGAAUCUAAGAAUUUCAAUGAGGCUUGGAACAGAUUCAAAAAUCUACUAAGGAAGUGUCCACACCACGGGAUUAGCAAAGGACGUCGGGUCCAAUAUUUCUAUGCGGGGCUACUUCCAGCUUUCAAGAGCAUGGUUGACUCUUUGGCUAAUGGGUCAUUGUCCACGAAAACAAUUGACGAAGCAUUGAAGUUAUAUGAGACAAUGGCUACGAGCUCAGCAAUGUGGACCAUGGAACGAGCAGUACCAAAGAAGACACCAGGAGUUUAUGAAGUGGAUGUAUAUUCAGCGUUAUCCGCUAAGAUUGAUUCCUUAUUUCAGAAGGUGGAAAACAUGACUCAGUCAGCUAACGCAGCGCAGACAAAGAAGGCAAAUUGUGAGGAAUGUGGAGCUGAGCAUGUGACAGCAGAAUGGCCAAUUUUGGCACAAGGAAAAGAGCAAGCAGAUUUUGCUCAAUGGGGACAACGCCAACAGAAUAACACGUAUGGAGAGACCUACAACCCAAGCUGGAAAAAGCACCCCAACUUUUCUUGGAGCAACCAAAAUCAGAAUAAGCCACAGGGGCAAUAUCAACAGCAAGAGAAGAAGCCUCAAUUGCAAGAAAUGUUCGGAAAAUUCAUGGUACAGACCAACCAAUAUGAGGAGGCGAACAACCAAUUCAUGAAGAAGACAGAAGCCACUCUUCAGGACCAGAAUGCAGCCAUCAAAGCACCAGGCAGCUUGCCAAGUAACACAAAAGUCAAUUUCAAAGAGCAUGCAAAGGCUAUAACAACGAGAAGUGGAGUGCAAUUACCUGAGAGACAAGUGAAUAACCCCGAGGCAAACAGAGAAGAGAUAUCUCCUGAAGUAGAAGAGACUUUGGAGCAAGAAGAGCAGACAAAAGAGCCAACACCGAGUGCAAAUAAAGGAAACUCAAGGUACAAAGAGACUGCAACUGUGAACCCAUAUGAGCCACCCAUGCCGUUUCUAUAG